CCUAGCUAUGCACUGCACAGCGCAGCUCUCAAGAAGUCUGUAAGGCUUGCACCUUAGGCAAAGUAAGUUUGGUGAGUUGGAAAGUUAGUUAGGAAAUUUUUGAAAGACGAUUUUAUUGUAUUAUUGAAAAGUCAAACUAAGAGUUGAAUAAUGCAGGAAUCAACUAAUGGUAGCGAUGUGUUUAAGUUUGAAAAACGUGCAAAUAAAUAAUUAGUUGACGUUUGUAAAUGUUGCGAAAUAUCAUUUGAAUGUAAACAUUAUAUUUUCAUUUUAUUGCCUGUUGCUUGCUGUCGUUGUUCUACAAGAAAUCUGAAAACAAACAUUCGUUAUUUUUAUUUUUUCGGGCAUUUCCAUACAGAAACGUCCGUAUCUUCUGCAGCAUUCCAGGUUUGUUAUCUGUUCCAUAUAUAUUGACUGCCUGAACAGAAGAACGACCACAGUACUUCAUUACCAGGUUGGAUGCAUGUGCUCCACAAUAGACACCAAUCGACAUUGAUGCAUAUUCUUUCAUAAGUGUCACAACACCCUUUGUUUUGCCCUGCAUGUUCGAAGUGCCAUCAAAAGACAUACCAACACGUUUCUCCAGAUUGAUAUUUCAACUGUCAAAUGCUGACUUGAUACUUUUGUGUAUUUCUUCGCCAGUUGUUGUUUCACAUUCGACCAGACUGAGUAACCUUUCACAUGCUUCAACUUCUGUAGAAUCCGACUUGACAUAGCGAACGACAACAUCCUCUUGUUCACAUAGAGUUAUGUCUGUUGUUCCAUCGACAGCUACACUGAAAAACAACGCUGUAUCAAUUUCUUGCUUUAUUUUGUCUCUGACCAAACCCGCCAUCACUGCUGUCAAUUUAUCUUGAGUGUUAUUUGACACAAACGCCAGACGCGACCCACGACCUUUUUUAUCACAACUGCUCUGUUUAACUUCAGAUAAUUUCUUUGCCAGUAGGAUAUCAUACUGAGCUAAGAUGUUCGGUAAAUUUAGAAAAUUACCAGCGCCUUGUUGGUAGCAGAUUUUGCCGUUCUGUUGUGGAAUUCACUUUCAUCACUUCCACGUCGAGGUAUUGUUUCUGCUGUUAGGUAACGCAGAACAUCAAUAAUUUUGUGUCGUCUUUUUUCCCAAAAACAAGGCAUGUGUUGCAAAAUGGUUUGUCCAUAUACGGCGAAUAAGUUAGCCAGGAUCGCUUUUGGCUGACAAUUACGUUACCAACCUUUCUUUCUUCGAUGAAAUACUUUACAAUUUUGGCUGAUGAGUGAGCCUGAGGUAAGUUUGGUUGAUACGGACCAAGCAAACUGAAUCUUUUCUUUUCUUGGAUUGAUGGAUUUUCAAUUUUUUUAACAGACCACUCGGUCGUUUUCUGCUAUUUCUGCAGCUGUACUGUCACUGACCACGGCCUUUGCCUGAUUAGGUUCAGUUUCCUGAAUUGACUGCUCAUGUCCAGCACUAGACUCUUCACAUUCACAAGUAUCAUAAAAAAUUGGUUUGCUUACUUCAUGAUGACUCUCUUUAUCUUCACAGUUCAAGUUAUUAUCCUCUACAAUUUCUGACUCAUCCUCCAGUUCCACAGUGUCUUUAGUGACUGUCACUAUUGUCUGGUCGCGUGUACUUAGAAAACGAUAAUUUCAGCUGUUUUGGAUCGCUGCUUGUCAAUGUUAAUUCAGUCCCUCUUUUAGCAAUCUUCUUGUCGUUUCCAGAUUUCUGCUUCGAUGACUUCAUACUAAAUAGCUUUAUUCUGUCGUACUAUCGUUUGACAAAAUUGACUGGUAAACGUUUAAAUGUGCAUAAAACUUACUGUAUGCAAACUUUACCGACUACGAUAGGCCGACAGUCAGCAAUUGAGCGAUAAAUGAAAAUACGACCACUACGGAAGCGGUCAAGCGGAAGUUACCAUCAACCGAGAAUAUGGAAAGCCAGUGAUGCCAAUAUGAUGAGAAUGCGAAGUCGUCGAAGACCGAUUCAAGAAUUGCAUAAUAAUUUGAUUAUGAAAUUUAAAUUUGAUUUACCCAAAAAGGCCCAUGACGAAUGCUCCUCGCGUCGUCGUGGGCCAGCACGUCCCUGGUGGGCAGAAUGCUAGACUAUUUUUAUAGACCGAAGCAUCUUGGCCAUGACAAGCACGUCCUAAGUGUAACUUGAUCGAGUCACAAUGCAAAUUUAUUUUUUUUUAAUGUUGACCCAACUUGCACAAUGGAUCAGAUUACUUAAGUGCAGGCAUUCACAACACAAAUUGUAAGGUGGGCCGUAAUACUUUAUGAAAAACUUCUGCGGGCCGAAAGAAAAUAGGACAGGGGGUGCUGUGAGCUGACGAUACUGUGAGCUGAUGGUACUGUGAGCUGACGGUAAUAUGAGCUGACGGUACUGUGAGCUGACGGUACUGUGAGUUGUUGGUACUGUGAGCUAACACGUAUGAUUACGCUCUACUUUGAAUGGUUAAAGGACAAUUGGUUGCGUGCAUCGCGUGAUAUAUAGAAAUAACAUUGUGUUGUUGACAAAUACAAUCGGAAAAGUUGUUAACGACCAUUUAAGUAUUCAUCUUACCAGCUUUGAGUGAGCUGCUAUCUCAAGGUUGAGCAUGUGGAGAUUAGUCGUAUACCGUAGACACAAGGUUGAGUCGUAUAGCGUAGUGGGACUGGAAUGGACUGAGUUGAAAAACGUCUCCUAACUUACCGUGGGUGCUGAACACAAGAACUGAGACCUCUUGUUACAUUUGUAAAGGGGUAGGGGCGGGGCAGUGGGGUGCAAACAGCAAAGUGACAUACGUAAACAGCAAAGUGACAUACGUAAACAGCAAUGUGACAUACGUAAAGCAAAGUGACUUACGCAAACAGCAAAGUGAUAUAUGCAAACAGUAAAGUGACAUAUGCAAACAGCAAAGUGACAUAUGCAAACAGCAAAGUGACAUACGUAAACAGCAAAGUGUAACAUACGUAAACAGCAAACAGCAAAGUAACAUACGUAAAGCAAAGUGACAUACGUAAACAGCAAAGUGACAUAUGCAAACAGCAAAGUGACAUAUGUAAACAGCAAAGUGACAUAUGUAAACUGCAAAGUGACAUAAGUAAACAGCAAAGUGACAUAAGUAAUCAGCAAAGUAACCUAAGUAAACAGCAAAGUGACAUAAGUAACCAGCAAAGUGAAAUAAGUAAACAGCAAAGUGACAUAAGUAAACAGCAAAGUGACAUAUGUAAACAGCAAAGUGACAUAUGUAAACAGGGGACAGCAAGGAUUUCACAAGCAUUUUAGCAGGGAUUAAGCAAAUACUGUUUAUUUUUAACAUCAAAAUUCCAAGUUAUUGCAACACCGAUGCUUUUUGUGUGUUAAUGUUAAUCUUUUUUUAGCCCGCCAAAAUGCGAGUUUAAUCCUUGCUGACCUCUAUGUAAAUAUGUCACUUUACUGAUAUCUCUUCCCCCAUUUUAGCUCUACCGUACCACGCCCGCUUUGCCAUAAGAAAUAAACAUCUAGAACAUACUGUCUAGACAUAUGGUCUAGAACGUACUGUCUAGAACAUACUGUCUAGAACGUACUGUCUAGAACAUACUGGUUUUCUUCGUGUUAUGGUGACAUAUUUUUUCGGCUUGGGUUUCACAAUCACUUGCGUCACAAAAAUUUGGAAGGAGCGCGUGUGGGGGGGGGGGGGGGCUUUUGGCUUUUUUGGGCCCUUCCUAAAAGUUCUUGGAAAAAGAAAUUUAAAUAUUUUUUGGAGAAGAUAUUUGUAAAGUUUUUUUUUUUUUUUUUUUUUUUUUGACUUUUUGGAGCCUUCCUAAAAGAUUCUGGAAAAAGAAAAUUCAAUGAUAUUUGAGAGAAGUAAUUUGAAAAGUUUUUUUUUUUUUUUACUUUAUUUACCAAAGAGCUCAUUUCGACAUACUUCAUUGCGCCCUCGUGAUCACGUUGCAGUGAACUACCAGGCAUUGUCCACCAUUAAGUCGGCCAGGUACGGGAUGUUAUUGAUUCCCAAGGCGCAGUCGAUCCAUUGGUGAUUUAUUCCUUGUUGAAGCCUGACUAUAUAAAUAUUUUCUUUUUCACCAGGCCCGCGUGUGACGUGGUCACAACUCACUAGGCUCAGGAUUAACGUCUGUUCCAUCUUGUUAAGUCGACCAGGUAGACUUUGUCCGCGAUGUCAAAUAAAAUAGGUGAGUACGUCUAAAUAGCUACCGAUAUAACAUGUUGUGGGUAGGUAAGCAGGAUUUUGAGAGAUUGAAGCCAGCUUGGCGUAGGUUGAAUAUUUGUAAUUAAGUUGGAUAUUUGUAAGCCACAUACAAAAAUUAAGAAUCAGAAUGAUGUUAUCCCUAUCAGUCUUUUUAAUGAGACAACAGCAAAAUGAUUGCUGAAAUGUAAACUUUUAAUGAGAGAACAGCCAAAUGAAUGCUGAAAUGUAAACUUUCAAAUAAAAACAAAAGAUUGCACUGCAACCUGGUUAGCGCCUAAAUUAUGUCGAACGGGUGAUUUCUCCUGUGUGAGUCACUAGUUAUCGUGAAAUUUAAUGAAAUUUAAUGAAUGCGAGAGAGAGGGAGAGAGAGAGAGAGAGAGAUGAAUGGAUAUAUAUAGAGAGAAAGAAUGAUGGCGAGAGAGUUUUAUAUAUAGAAAGUCGGAUAGAGAGAGACGAUGGAGAGAGAGAGAUAUAUAAGAUAGAGAGAGAGAGAGACGACAGAGAGAGAAGAGAGACAGACGGAUAUAGAGUAAGGCAUAUCGAGAGAAAGAAGGAUGAAUAGAGAGAGAGGUUGAUACAAAGAUAGUAGGAUAGAGAGAGACGGAUAGAGAGAGGGGGUAGAGAGAUAGAGACGGAUAGAGAAGGAGAGACGGUUAGAAAAUGAGAGAGAGAGAGAGAGAGAGAGACGAAUGGAGAGAGAGGCAGAUAGAGAAAGAGACGGAUAAAGAUACGGAUAAAGAGAGAGACGGAUAGAAUGACGGAUAGAGAGAGAUAUGGAUAGAGAGAGGGAUGGAGAGACAGAGGCGGAGAGGGAGCGAGAGACGUUUAGAGAGAGAUGGAGAUAAAGAGAGACAGCUAGAGAGAGAGAGACGGAUAAAGAGAUAGACGGAGAGAAAGAGAGAGAGAGAAAGCCGGGUAGAGAGAGACUAGAGACGGAUAGAUAGAGCAGAGAGACAUAAACAAAGGGAAUUCUUUAGUAUUUUAUCCUUGCUUAAUUCCAAAGAACCAGUCACCCAGCAACCUGGUCCGGUCGACCCACCGCCGCUGUACUCCGAAGUGGCCGGUGGCAGCUACGGACAACCUCCAAAUUACGCCAUGCCGGCUCAGAGCUAUGGUCAAGGACAGGUGCCGGUAAUUAUUGAUGGGCGAAUGGGGAAAAAGUGGGUAAGGCGGGAAUUCCCCUAAUUUUUAACCUCUGGCCCAGCGGUUCUAAACCUGGGGGUCGCGAUCCCUUUGUGGAUCGAACGAUUCUUUCUCAGGGGUUACCUACGACCAUCGAAAAACACACAUACUUUACAGUUAUGAAGUAACAUUGAUUAUAAUUUUGUGUUUGAGGGUCGCCCCAACAUGGGGAACUGUAUUAAAGAGUCACGGCAUUAGGAAGGUUGAGAAACACUGCUCUAGACUGAUAUAAUUACGGGGACACAGCAUAUAAAGCCCAUCAACACCGCUAACGUGGAGUAGCUAGUGUUUGACGCACCCGGGGCAGUCAUCAACUUUGCCACCCCUAUCUCACGACAACGACAGGCGCAUACAGGAGACACAUCAAGCAUAAGCCGUAGAGAAUGUAUGAUCAUCAUCAUCAUCAUCAGUGGCGCUGCAUUCCAUGCAGGGCCCUGGCCUGCUCCACCGCAUCCUCUCUAUUCAGAUCGAUCCAUGGCUUUCUACAAUGAAGUGGACCACAAUGCCGCACCCCCCCCCCAAAAAAAAACAACAAACAACAACACUGGUGUAGGAAGGAAUGCAAUCUUGGCAGAGGUGGUCCCUCCCCUGGAUGGGAUUUUAUCCUAUGUAUUUUUCGGUUGUGGCAUCUUUGGCUAACUAUUGGGGGGAGGGGGGGGGGGUUGGGAGGGGUCAUCAAAAAAUCUUGGCCCACCUCGGGUGACCCUAACCCUAACGACGCCACCGCCCCAAAAGAGUUCGUUCCAAACUUCUUAGUUUGACCUAGUUAGGUUGAAGGGGAUAGCACUAAACAUUGAGUUUAAUUCUAUUUAAUAUGCAGAGUCCCCAAGGCCUCUGAGAAUUAUUUUAAUUUCAUAAUCUAGAGAAUUUUUCUACACUGAAGCAACAAUGUUUCAUCUGAUCGUUAAUUAAUAUAAGAAUUAAAAUUAUCCCAAAUGUAAAUUUUUUUUUUUAUUUUACUAUGUUUCACAUAGCGUUGACCACCUCCGGGUUAAUGUGUUGUAUUUUUAAUCUUGAAAAUCCCGAAUCGACUCAAUCAAGAGUUCCUGUUGUGUGAUUUUUGCAUUUACAUUGUGUGCUCUUUAGGGCCCCCUGGGUAUGCAACCAGGGAUGGACAUGGGACAGAUGGCUGCUCAAGCUAAGGAGCUGUACAACAACAUGUUCGCACAGAUGAACGGAGAGCCCCAGGCAGAGGUCAAGUGGGCGCAGCCCGUCCCACCCGUAACAGGUGUCUUACCUGGUUUCCAGUACCUGGUCGGGGUGAAUAAAAUCGUGCUGGAUGAGCACAAGGACUAUAUGAACGGUGAGAAAUGUUACUUGGUUAGAUCGUCGAUAAUUCGAACUGCGAUUAUCCGAAACUUCGGUUCUCCGAACGGCGCCUGCCGUGUUAAAAUUUGAAUUGCAUGGACAGAUAAAGAACAUACACUGAAAAACAUCCACGGCCCGCCUAGAAGAACCGGCUCAGUCUAGAUCAGUGGUCGGCAAAUCGCGGCUCGCGAGCCGCAUGCGGCUCUUUAGCCACCUGAGUGCGGCUCGGGCAGCCUGCCACAAAUCUGGUCUGACUCCGAAAAACAUGGUUCUUGACAGGUUCUUGAAAAGAAAUUUGGCUCUCAAAUUUUUUUAAAAAUCGUCCUGCUGUUGAUUUUUGGCUCUUUUGACUAACGAGUUUGCUGACCACUGGUCUAUAUAGUAACUUUAAAGCAUUGACCAGAUUGGGAUAGUGUGAUCUGUUAAUUUGUUAAUAAAUAUUCAUCGCAGAGUACACGCCUGCAAUGACAAAUUGCCAAAGGAUUUUAUUCUAAGCGACAGUCAUCUAUUUUUAGAAAAACGACUUAUUUGAUGAAAGAAAGCUCCUUUAAACCGUUGAUGCUUUUUGUACAUAAUACUCUGUACUAUAAAGCACCAUAGUGUACAUAAUAAAAUGUACCAUAAAGCACCAUACCUGUAUGAGGUAAUAAUAUUAUAUGUGUUCACUUAUUUAACGAAAACUUUCCGUUGGAACGGUUUGGUUAUCCGUGUAUAAUGUGGUAUCCGAAAUAACCUUGGUCCCAAUGGGUUCGGAUAAUCAACGCUCUACUGUUAUACUAAUAACUAAUCCAUACUUGGGUGGGGGGGGGAUAGAGCUUAAUUACUCUUUACGGUGCCGGCAACAACCUGGAAACCUUGAUAACGGACUCCGUCUGUGGGGCUGUGCCGAGGAACGUGUCUGUCACAUAAGACACAUUCUGUCACUCUGGCAUCUCCCAACGUCACGCUUGGGGCAUUCGGUCCUCAAAUGUUCCCACUGACACUGUGACCCGAUAGUUAGGGUCCCUGUCACUAUCUAAAGCAGUUACUUAAAUUGACACGCGGAGCUAUGGGGUCUAAAUAUAUGUACAUUUUAUGGGCCCUUAACAGGGCGUAGUGGUGGGUGGGGGGGGGUGUCCGUCCCGAGUGGCACUUAAUAUGGAGUGGCGGCACUUUCGGCCAACUUCAGGGGCUGGGAAAGGGGGGGGGGGGUUGGGGGGGGGGGGGGGAAAAAAAAUUUUUCCCCCCCCCCCCCCCCCCCGGGCUUCCAAUAAUCGCUCUGCUAAGCCAUCGGCCCAUAAUCUUUCAAAGAUACCAAAAUUUCCAAACAACUCAUUAAAUGUGGAAAGGCGUAACUAAAUUUUUUCUAAUGCUUAAAAUGAAUAUAAAGAAAGAAAUAUGAAAAACGUAUGUUAUACAAUUCCAACUACGUCAUCACAAAGUGUUUACAUGAACUUACGUCGAACGUGGAAAUAGUUUACAGCCUCAACAUAAUUUGGUAGCUAAGUUGUGUACUUAGUUCUCUUAUGUUUCCCCCUUAUCGUGAUAUCGGUGCUGGUACGCCCUAAUUUCGAAAUACGUCUUUGUAACAAGGAGACCGAAUUUCUGUUGCGAAAUUAACAUGAAAAAAAUAUAUUUUAAGUGCGUAUGUUUAACAAUACACCAAUUGUCAUGCGGGGUCAAAAAACGAUUUUAAAUGACAUAAUAUACUAAUUAUUCAGGGUAUGGGAUCUUGCUAAAACGCGAAUGAUACUAUUAUAUAUGGAUUCAUUGCCGAUUUAUUCAAAAUGUUUGUUCAAUAUUCAUUAGUCUCCAUUACCCCUCUUUUUGAAACGUAUCAUCUGAUGAUUAAAAGACGCCUGCUGUAAACUGAGAACCACUACUAAGGUAGAUUUUUUUUUUUAAAAUCAUAUCGUUUGAUAUACUUCAUAAUUUCUUGCUCGCCUUCCUUCUUCAUUCAGUCAUGAGCAUGCUGGGAAACUUCAACAAAUACCGAGUGAUCAGCGAACAGGGAGAGCAGCUCUAUGUGGCCGAGGAAGGUGGGUUGAAAGACAUUUAGACACACAUUUUAAGUUAUUUAACAGGCCCAGUUAUUCACGUAUUUUUGUUUAUAUUUUUUUUUUAAAUUCAGGGAAAAUUUUGUCUUUCUCAAUAAUAAAAAGGGGGUUUUAUGAGUUUACGGGAGAAUUUUGUUUGUUUGUUGGUCUUGGGUGGUAACAUGGGCGCCCGCAGAAAACUUUCUAGGGGGGGGGGCAAAAAAAUUUUAGUAAUGUUUCAAUAUAGUUUUAAUUUACUGUAGCGUAUUUGUAUGGUGAACGAACGGACAGGACAUCAGCUUAGUUACUUUCUCUUUAUUUUAAUACAUUUAUUGUCUAUUUUUUUCAAAAAAAUUUUUAUCCAAUCAAUCCAGGGGGGGGGGGACAAGUGCCCCACCUUGCCACUACCUGCGGGCGCCCAUGGGUGGUAACGGGGGGGGGGGGGUCCUUAACUGGGUUCUACUUUAAAAAUUAUUUAUUGGACUUCCCUCAGUGGCCUAUGUAGAGCUUAACUUCUUCGACUGAAUACAUGGGAAAAGUAUGCGGUUUUUUUGGGGGGGUGUGUGGGGUAGGGGAUUCCGCCCAGAGCACGUCCUAUAUUUCGAGUUCUCUGUCAUAUUUAUUUUUAUUUUAUUUUCACUUUCUUAGGCACCACAACAAGUCAACAUGGCGUUGAUUAUAUUUUCCUGAUAUUUCAGAUAAGUCUAAUUCUCCGUACAACUCAGUGAUGGGCCGGCCAGGUCUAGCCCCAGUCUACAGAUCCUUCAAUGUUCGAGUUAAGGAUUCUCAAGGAACGGUAAGAUUCCACCUAUCUUUGAGCAAUCUUUAACACAGCGCAGUGGUUCUCACUCUAAGUCACGUGUUGUGGUUACAUUUUAUGUCAGGGUGGGGGAAGCCAACGUCCUGGUCGCAAAAUGAGUUAUUGUUUUAAAAAUUAAAGUUAUAACCCCGAGGAUAGUUGAGAUACAUUGCUUUCUUUAAUAUAUCAAGAGAAAUUUGAGAACAAGAUCUAUAGAAGCUUGAAAAAAUAGAACACGCUUCUUAACAGUGGCGUUACUAUGGUGGGGUGCGGGGGUGCGGGCCCCACCGGGUGACACGCAUCGCAGGAGGGUGACAACAAAUGCUCGGGUCGGUUUCAUAACAUAUCCACGUUAAAAUACAAGAGCAGGGUGCAACGACAAAUCAUGUUAAAGGAGAUGCUUGUCAUGGAUAUGACUAUCUCAUCAAGCCUACAAGUGCUUGUCAUGGAUAUGACUAUCUCAUCAAGCCUACAAGUGCUUGUCAUGGAGAUGACUAUCUCAUCAAGCCUACAAGUUUGUCUCAUGAUCUGUUUGUUUCUGGCUUCGUGUGACAGGGGCUUUUCAAGACUGAAACUUGUAAAGAACUAUUUUCGCUCUACCGUUUGGAACAGUCCGGGCUUUCUCGAGCGACACCAACCCCAGUGCCGCCUCUCCUUCAAACUAACCUCCUAGCAGCUCCUGAGAGACAAUACUCUUCCCAUCGGAAUGGGAGACGAUAAAAAUUGUCUCAGAACAAUCUCAUGUGCUCGACUAUUAGAUCUAACUAAAUGUCCAGCGACUGCCUGUUGGCUGAAAAGUGUUUUUUUUCUUCCAAUUCCUAGUGUUCUUCGAGUGGGAUUUUGAUACCUAAAGGAAACUUAUGUAAGAAACGUAUGUUAAAUGAGUUGUUUUAGGAGAAUGGAGGGAAGAAAGGUGGGGGUAGAGACUGAUAUUUCUAGUCAAAUCGUCAUAAAAUUGUUGAUCUUUAAAUGCAAUGUUAACAGGGUAAUACCGAAACAAGAUUAGUAGUGUCUAGCAAUCAUAUUAUUUACAUGGAUCAACAUCUAUCCCAUGUAAACAUAUAAAUAUAAAAUAUAUAGUAAAAUACAUUGCUACGUUUCUCCUUCUCUGACCACGCCAUUGGCUAUGUAAAUACUGUAAACACAAUGGAAGAAUGGUUCCUCUGUUCACGUGUCAAUGUACUUUUAUCAUCACUGGACUAACCGUACCAUCCCACGUUCUGAUCUUUCCAGGAGUUGAUGACCAUCUCCAGGAGCAGUCAGCAGUGCUCCUACUCUUUUGUCGCUGCUUGCUGCUCGUGUUUUUCAAGCUGUG